GCUAACAAGUCCAAACUUCUCGUCUUCCUGUACUCUUCAAGUGAGAACGUUCGCAACGCUACAAGUCUUGAUUCAGGCCCAUGUCAUCCGAUCGAAGCUACCGACAAUAUGUGACAUUUGGGUCUCUUAUAAUUACCAUGACCUUCAACUAUGUCUAUGACGUGCCCUGCCGGCAUCGUGAUAUAUCUGGUGUCGCGCCCUAAGUCUUCAAAUGGCAGACAGCACUACAUCAACAUCCGGAACUUUACCCAGUAGCGCGGAUUGGCACAUUCUCAAAUCCCAGCAAGAAGGUACAGCCCUUCAAAACGUUGCCCGUUCUAAAGGCCGCUGUCCCCAUCCCCUUAUUCCAAUAAUAUCCGCGAGUUGUUUGAAACUUGCCGUCUGUACUGCCUGGUUUCGGCCAGUAUGACUCUGCUGAGUUUCCCUUCACAUAAUCUAAACUUUCGUUGAUGUACUCAGGAAUGUUACCCCUGUACAGCCUCGCAAUUUCUGCGGUAUUGUUCUCCAGUAGCACGACUUUUACGCCACUGAUGUUUUUCUCUUGCAGACGAUCGGGAACGAUACGUUAUUGGAUCCGGUAUGCGAUAGCCAUCGCCUUCAGGGUUCAGUUGGCGUCUGGUAUUGUCCCAAGAUCAUGUGGUCCCUUGAUAUCAACAGGUGCUCCAUUGACAACAAUUCGAGUCAAGUAUUUCUUCCUUUUAUUGAAUGGUUUUCUCAGCAACGAGCCAAAGAACCAACAAGCUAUCGACUUUGUACAAUUGUUACCUAGCUACAGUAUGACUGUACCGACCAUCCUCCGAGACGGGACUCUUGUCAAGCUCACUGCCAAGGGCCAUGAGUAUCUGCGAGACACAAUGUCGGAGGCGCUUCGCAACAAGCCCUUCAUGAUCACCAAAUGUAACGGACACGAUCCAAAUGAUGGAGCGGUCUUGUACACCAUGUAUGCCGACUCCGGUAACGGAGAACGUGUUCUUGCUUCUCUAGUUGCUAGCCUUCGCCAUACUCAUCGUCAAGGUUUCGGAAUUUCUAUGCCAGUUUUAUCUUUGAAUGACCCCGUUAUUAUCUGUACAAUUACCACAUUCAGAACGAUAGGCCCCUGCGAAAAAAUCAGGCUCAGGAUCGGCUAAUGCAACGGUAAUGCUGAGAGCUAGC